CACCUGGAGCACUCACCUGGCGGGUGUCAGGUUCCUGCUGGAACUGAAAUUUCAAACUCCUCAGCAGGCUGCAGGCUAACAACGACCACUGCCAGCCGAAAAUACCUGUGGACAUCGACAUUUUGUGCUUAUAUUAAUAAGCAAUGAAGCAAGUGGCUAAGUUCAGCUUUUUCUGCCUCCUGGUGAUUGUUAGUACUUUAUUCAAGACCACAGUGGCAAUUUCGGUGAGAGCCUCUAUUCGUUUACUUUAUCACAACAGCACUAGCAAAUGGUCUGCGUCCGAGAAGUGCGAAUGUGGCCUGUAUGGAUUAAAUUCUCCGCUGCUUAGUGCUCGGGGGCUUGUAGGCAUUCCUAAAUCUGAUCUUCAAGCCUGCAACGCGAAUACCCAGUUCACUGUCGCAGAACCACCGUGGAUCGCGCUGAUCGAAAGAGGCAAUUGCAGUUUUGCCGAAAAAAUUGCGGUGGCAGCCAGAAGGGGUGCGACAGCAGCUGUGAUCUACAACACGCCGAGCAAAGGCAACAGGACCAUCCUGAUGUCGCACCUCGGUGCUGAAAGCAUCGUUGCAAUUAUGAUUGGCAACCUGAAAGGCAUGGAGAUCUUACAUCGGAUCGAGAGUGGCCUGAAAGUCACUAUGGCUAUUGAAGUGGGGAAAAAGCACAGUCCUUGGAUGAAUCAAUACUCCAUCUUCUUCAUCUCGGUGUCGUUUUUCAUUGUCACAGCAGCAACCAUGGGCUACUUUGUUUUUUAUUCUGCUCGGAGACUCAGGAUCGCAAGGGCCCAGUCCAAGAAGCAGCGGCAACUAAGGGGCAGGGCUAAGAAGGCCAUUGAACAGUUACAGCUGCGCACCCUGAAGCAAGGGGACAAGGAAACUGGUUCUGAUGGAGACAGCUGCGUUGUGUGCAUUGAGCCGUACAAGCCGAACGAAGUUGUGCGCAUUCUGACUUGCAACCAUCUCUUCCACAAGAACUGUAUUGACCCCUGGCUUCUGGAACACAGGACAUGCCCCAUGUGCAAAUGUGACAUACUGACAGCUUUGGGUAUUGAGGUGGAUGUAGAAGAAGGGGCAGAAUCUGCACAACCCACAGUAUCCAGUGGGACACCAAAUGCCUCUGCAGUUAACGAAGAAGAUAAUAGUAGUGAAACUGCAUCAUCUGGAUAUGCUUCUGUGCAAGGAGCUGAUGAAUCUGUUCCAGAGGAACAUGCACCAUCGGAAAAUGACAGUAUGCGUCUUGUAAACAAUGAAUCUCAGCUCUCUGCUGUGAAGGUCCUCCCGCACGCUGACAACCCAAGUUUUGAGGCAGAUGAAACACAAGAUCGUGAAGUCUGUCCUAAGGAUGUGCCCAGCAACAUGGUGUGAGCCUUCUGCAAGGAGCUGCCUAUGGCUGUCACGUAUAUACCAAACAUUGCAAGACUAGCAGAAAAAUAUUGCCUUGGCAAUGUUGAGAUCAAAUAGACUUGUUCAAAUUGUAACCAUAUGGUUUGCCGUUCUUAAAACUGCAUCUCCCACAUGGAAUUUAGUUUUAGCACUCUUCAGCUAAAGCUGUCUUAAAUAUAAAGAAAAACAUCAUAUUUUAACACUAAAAAGCUCCAUCUUCAGCAAAGCUUCUCUUCAGUGUUUGAGUCAUUUAAAUAAGAAGAUUCUUUAUGUUGUAGCUGUCUCUACUGGGAAUUGUUUUGACUUAGGGUUUUUUGUUGUUGUUGUUUAUUGUUUUAAUUCGAGUGGAUUUUCAUUGUAAACAAAUUGAUUUUGAUCUAGUCUAAUACUUAUUUACCAGACAAACUUUGGUUUAAAGCAACACUGUAUUCAAUAUUUCAGCGCACUAAUUUGAUAGGAGAAAGUACAAACUAAUGCCUGUCAAGCUGGAUUUUGCCCACGGUGUCUUUGGUUGUCUAGUAAACGGAUUGAUUCUCUACCUCUCAACUCCAACCUGCCAACCACACAUUCCUAAAGGGAAAAGAGAGCUUCAAGCUGACAGGCCCGAUCUGACUUGCACAAUACUGUAAAGGGAACAAUUGCAGGACUUUUUCAGACCUGUUAGUAUUAAACAGUCUGAAAGAUCCUCCAUGGUUUUGGGAGUUAUCAUCUCUAGCACCAGCAUGUGCCAGAGUCCUGGCUUUGUGAGAGUCUGGGAUGACUUCAGGAAGACUGAACUAAAGAUGAAAAGGCAGAUUCUUCCCAAAGGUUCUGCCAUAUUUUGUUUGGAAAGUGAUCCAGCUUCUGAAAAUGCUGGACUAUUGCUGCAUGUUGUCUUGUCUGUGUGCUAAAGCUGCAGGGAGAGCUGGCACUGUGUAAAUAUACCAGAUAAUGGAGAAGUAAGUUGUCUGCCAUCUGUGGGGAGUUGAACUGGGGUCCAGGAGGAGCACUGGUGCCUCCAGAGCAAGUGUAGGGCCUUGCCCAGCAAAGGUAACUAAGGACAUCUUACAGAUGCACUUUAUUUUUAUUUUUUUUUACCUCUGUAUCUAUGGCUUAUUUCUAAUGUUAGCAGAACUUUGAAAGCCCGCAAUAAAGUACUAUUGAAUCUGGAGGGGAAAAACAAUGCAUUUUCUUAGCUCUAGUACAAUUAAAACAGUUGUAAAUAUUUAAUGAUUUGUAUUGAAUUUGAAUAUGAAAAUGUAAAUAAAACUAUAUUUUGAUGACCCUGACACUAAA